UAUCUCGACAAUAUACUUAUUUUCUCUAAAACGAUAGACAAAUACCAGAAGUAUAUAAAAGUAGUGCUAGACGCGCUAUACGCGUAUAAACUAUUAGUUAAUAAAGAAAAGAGCAAAUUCUAUAUUAGGGAAACAGUGUUUUCAAGAUACGAAAUAUCCCUAGGACAAAUUCGGAUAAAACCUUUAAAGGUUAAAGUUAUUAAGAAUUAG